UAUGUUUGUGUGGAUCUUCUCUCUUCAGGUAAUUCAGGCAGUUUUGUUUUUGGAGAUCUUCAGGUCUUUCCGCUCAUCUGGAGUCAUCAUGUCAUCUACUGCCGUUCCUAAACCCUCACCUGUCCUCUCGGCGCUGGACAAUCUCUCCGUAUCAUCUUUACUAUCUGGAGAACUGGAGGAGGACGAAGAGGAGGAGGAGGAGGAGGAGAGAGCCGAUAAUGGUGAUGUGGUGGAUCUGGAAGUGAAUCCGUACGAUGGGUUGCCGUAUUCGUCGCGGUACUACAGUCUGUUAGAGGAGAGGAAACAGCUGGCCGUGUGGAGCGUGAGGUUAAAUCUGUUAGAAGAGAUGGAGACACACAGUAUGAUGAUACUCAGCUCAGAUGGAGGAACUGGAAAAAGCACACAGGUUCCUCAGUGGUGUGUUGAGUACGCUCUCUCUCAUGAGUUCUCUCAGGGUCUGGUGUGUUGUUCUCAGCCGUACGCCGCCGCUGCUUGCAGUUUGGCUCUCAGGGUCGCUGAUGAAAUGGACUUGAGUCUUGGAUUAGAGGUGGGCUACAGGAUCCCACAUGAAGACGCCUGCACUCCUGACACUAUACUACGGUUUGUGACGGACAGUCUUCUGCUGGAGGAAAUGAUGUCAGACCCUCUGUUACGUCAGUAUGGGGUUUUGGUGAUCGAUGAGGUUCAGGAGCGUACGGUGGCGAGCGACGUGCUCCUGGGUUUGCUGCGUGACGUCUGUCGUCAGCGCUCUGACCUCAGGGUCGUGGUCCUCGCUGCACCUGCCGUCGCUCAGACCUUCAUCAGCUUCUUAGGUGAAAGCGUUCCUCACAUCAGCGUUCCCUCCCCUCCACAAACAAACCCUGUGGAGAUUCUGUACCGAGAUCCGGGACGUGACCUGAUCGCAUCGUCCUGUCACAUGAUACUGGAUCUUCACCGCAGGGGUGAGGAGGGUGACAUACUAGUCUUCCUCCCUAGUGUGCAGGUGAUCAGUGAGUGUUGUGUUGUAUUGGAGAAGGAGUGUGUUUCUCUGAGCGCUCAUCUGGACGUGAUACGUGUGAUGAUACUCCACACCGACCUCACAGCUCCACCACAGCACAUCUAUGAACCCGAGGAGAAACAUCAGGACACUUCUUUGAGACGCAGGGUUAUCCUCACAGAUGUUUUAGGAGAGGCCUCGUUCUCCCUCGACAACAUCCGAUACGUCAUUGACACGGGACUUCAGCUGAGGACUAUCUACAACCCACAAAUCAGAGCCGAUUCUCAGCUUCAGCAGCCAAUCAGCAAACAGCAGGCGGACGCUCGGUCUCAGCGGGUGAGCGGCAAACUGCCAGGUGUGUGUGUGCGUCUGUACUCUCACUCCAUGUAUCAGGAGGAAAUGUCUGAAUGUCGUCGUCCAGCUGUGAUGGAGACAAACCUCAGUCAUUUAGUGCUGCUGCUGAAGAGACUGGACAUCGCUGAUAUGGGCCAGUGCAAGUUUCUGGAUCGACCAGCUCCUGAAGCACUGAUGCAGGCUUUAGAGGAUCUGGAUUAUCUGGCAGCUCUUGAUGAUGAUGGGAAUCUCUCUGAGGUUGGGAUCAUUAUGUCUGAACUUCCUCUUGAGCCUCUCUUAGCCAAAGCUCUCAUCGCCUCCUGUGAGUUUGACUGCGUCAGUGAGCUGCUCACCAUCGCCGCCAUGCUCACCGCCCCGUCAUGUUUUCUAACACCUCCACUAAAUAAAGAGGAAGCAGCCGCCACACACAGACGCCCCCUGCUGCACAUGGAGGGAGAUCACAUGACCCUUAUCAACAUCUAUAAUGCUUAUCUGGCGCAUAAUGAAGAUGAGGUUUGGUGCAGGACCAACUUCCUGAACGCUUCUGCUCUGCGAUUGGCUGUGACAAUAAGGGCGGAGUUACUGGAGGUGAUGCAGCGAAUCGAGUUGCCAGUAUCUCCGCCUGCGUUCGGUAUCCAGGACAACAGCACCAAUAUAAAGAGAGCUCUGAUAUCUGGCUUCUUCCUGAAGGUUGCUCACGACGUUGAUGGUUUAGGAAAUUAUCUUCUCCUCACUCAUCGUCACGUAGCUCACCUGCAUCCGUUCUCAUCGUAUCUGUGUCGCCGGCCGCAGCUGGACCCUCCCGCCUGGGUCCUUUACCACGACUUCACCAUCUCACAUGACAACUGUAUCUGUGUUAUAUCUGAGAUUCACCCACAGAUGUUGGUGGAGUUGGCACCUCAGUACUAUCUAGAAAACCUUCCAGCCAGCGAUGGUCGAGGGAUACUGAUGGAGCUCAGACAGAGUUUAUUUCCUCCAGAUGAACAGGACACAAAGCCUCAGGACAAAAGCAAUGAAGAGACUCCAGAUGAGUCGCAGUGUGUUAUACAGUGACUGAAUGUCUUCUGUGAAGAGCACUGUGUGUAAAUGACUAUCAAUCUAACAUGAGCCAGACGUCUUCUCUGUCUCUAUUAGAUCUCUUUCUUCAACUGGAGCGAUAUAUUAAAGAUUUAUUUAUAUAU